UGCGUGAUGGAGGUGGGCGACAGGAGCUGCUGGCGGUGAUGCUUCGUUCCCCGAACCUGCGAGGUGGCGGCUGCACUGCCCGGCCCGGCAGCGCCCGCAGCCUCACACCCUCCCCUCGCAUCCUUCCCGCUACCCCGGCAUCCUUCCCGCUACCCCGGCAUCCUUCCCGCUGCCCUCAGAAUCCUUCCCGCUGUCCUCGCAUCCUUCCCGCUGCCCUCGGCAUCCUUCCCGCUGCCCUCGCAUCCUUCCCGCUGUCCCCGGCAUCCUUCCCGCUGUCCCCGGCAUCCUUCCCGCUGCCCUCAGAAUCCUUCCCGCUGUCCUCGCAUCCUUCCCGCUACCCCGGCAUCCUUCUCGCUGUCCCCGGCAUCCUUCCCGCUGCCCUCGGCAUCCUUCCCGCUGCCCCCGGAAUCCUUUCCACUGUCUUCGCAUCCUUCCCGCUGUCCUCGCAUCCUUCCCGCUGUCCCCGGCAUCCUUCCCGCUACCCCGGCAUCCUUCCCGCUGUCCCCGGCAUCCUUCCCGCUACCUCGGAUCCUUCCCGCUGUCCUCGGCAUUCUUCCCGCUGUCCUCGCAUCCUUCCCGCUGCCCUCGGCAUCCUUCCCGCUGUCCCCGGCAUCCUUCCCGCUACCCCGGCAUCCUUCCCGCUACCCCGGCAUCAUUCCCGGUGCCCUCGCAUCUUUCCCGCUGUCCCCGGCAUCAUUCCUGCUGCCCUCGCAUCCUUCCCGCUUUCCUCGGCAUCCUUCCCGCUGUCCCGGCCAGCUCCCGGAGGCCGCUGCCCCUCGCUGACAGCCCCGGGAUCCCGGAGCUCCGCUCCGCCGGGCACGGCGCGGCUCCGCCCCGCUCGGGAGGCGGCCGAAGGUUGUUUUGGCUGCCCUUUGGAGCUGGGAGCGCUCCGAUCUCGCCGCCAUUGCUUCCUCGUCCUGAGCGUCCUUCCCAGGCAGGGCUGCGGCUCCCGCUGGAGGUGCCGGUGGCCGGGUUUUAGGGAGCGAUGACGACGGUGCGGAGAGAGGCGUUCGGGCGGAUGCCCCCGGAGCAGGGAGGCGGAGAGGUGGAGAAGUUCGUCUUACAGUCGGACAGCGUGAGAGUGGAGAUCCUGUCUUUCGGGUGCAUCAUCACCACUCUGGAGACAAAAGACAGGGAUGGGAAGUUUUCAGAUAUUGUCCUAGGAUUUGACACUUUAGAAGGUUACACGAGGAAGCACCCGUUCUUCGGUGCUGUCGUGGGCCGCGUUGCCAACAGGAUUGCGAACGGGAGGUUCAGCCUGGACGGGAAGGAGUAUCAGCUGUUCAUCAACAAUGGGCCCAACAGCCUGCAUGGAGGAGCCAAGGGAUUUGACAAGGUUCUCUGGAGCCCCCAGGUGCUCCCGAAUGGUGUCCGCUUCUUCCGGCUCAGCCCUGAUGGCGAGGAGGGCUACCCUGGUGACCUCAAAGUCUGGGUGACCUAUACCCUCAGUGGCAGGGAGCUGGCCAUCAACUACCUGGCCCAGACCACCAAGACAACCCCCAUCAGCCUGACAAACCACGCGUACUUCAACCUGGCAGGGCAGGGCUCCAGGGAUGUCUAUGACCAUGAGAUCUCCAUUGAAGCAGAUUCCUACCUGCCUGUGGACGACACCAAGAUCCCUACUGGGGAGGUGGCCGCCGUGCAGGGCACUGGAUUCGAUCUCCGGCAGCCUGUGGAGCUGGGCAAGCACUUGCAGAAGUUUCAUCUGGAUGGCUUCGACCACAACUUCUGCCUGCAUCAGGGGCAGGACCGACGCCUCGUGGCCAGGGUUUUCCACCCGCCCAGCGGCAGGACCAUGGAGGUUCACACCACCCAGCCUGGCAUUCAGUUUUACACCGGGAACAACCUGGAUGGCUCCCUGAAGGGCAAAAGUGCUGCCACGUACCCCAAGCACUCAGCUUUCUGCCUGGAAACCCAGAACUGGCCCGAUGCUGUUAACAAGCCUCACUUCCCCAACGUCCUGCUCCAUCCGGGUGAGGAAUACAACCACACCACGUGGUUCGUGUUCAACACUGCUUGAGGAGAAGGGCUGCUGACUCCCACCACUGAGAGGGGAACCUGACCGGGACCGACGAGGAGACACGGACCUAGACCUGCGAGGAGACACGGACCUGGACCUACGAUAGGAAGCAGACCUGGACCUGAAAAGAAAGCAAAGCCAAGAGAUGGUCAAGUGUAGCUUUUUCAGGGCAAAAGAAGGCAACAGCAGUAAAAUACCAAGUCAAACAUACCUCCUACCACGGCUGCGACUGCGUGACCGGGAAUACCGUCUUCCUCGGGACCUCGAGCGGGAUCUAGACCGGGACCUGGGUUUAGGUUAGAAAAAACAGGUAUCAGCAGACAGCUGCAGCAACCAGCACGAGUGAGGCCCUGCUGAAGUCAAAACUUUUUUCAGACAACUAAAGAACUAUCAUCUGUCAGUUGGAAAAAUGUCUGGGCCUACUUGUCUUGAGCAUUGUUACUACCUAGAAAAAUGUUAAAAGCUGAAUUACAUUGCAGAAUUACAUUAGAAUAGAAAACACUGUAAUGCGUAUUUAAAAUAAACCUUGCAAGUUUG